CCCACGCCAGCCCUACCGCCGCACGCUUGCAUGCAGCCGCGGGCGCCGCCACUGGCAAUCAUCCUCCGCGGCGCUACGCUUUAGCCUAGCCUCUUCGCACAUUGUUCCGAGUGCCUGUUGAGCAUGUCGCUAGCAGCGCGAAGCCGCAACGGCUUUCCGAGCGGCACCAGAUACUUGUACGCUCGGCCCGCUCACAUGUCGUCGACCAGCAUCCCUUCUUUGUCCCUUUCCUACCACUUGCUUGAGCUAUUAGGCUCUCAGGAUGACGCCGUACCUUACACGCGGUUUUGCAGGCGGGAGUGCGUGUGACCAGCGCGCCAACACACUGCUCGAUGGUACCUACGCAGCCCUGGAUUAUCUUCUAGGAGUGGCCGCUGCCCAACUCCCCAAAGAGUGCCUACCCCAUGUGGCACGGACGCAUUUCUCGACGGUCAACACCGGAAGUCCCUAUUUUCCGAGUCCAUUGAAACAAACAGAAGCCAUCUCGGCACUCAAGGCCGUUGAAGCCGGACUUGCCGCAUCCAUAGCAGACUUGGAGGCAGAUGUUCCUGACCGAAGCAUCAAUGUGGACCUGGAACGAGCGUCCGCAUUUCUCUUCUCCACCUAUCUUGCAACUGUUGGUGGAAUGGACAAGGCGCAUCCCAAAGUGAAGAAAUACUUGAAAGAUUCCGACCUUCUCCAAGCCCAGUCUAUUCUCUAUCGCAGACUUUCCGCAAACCUCUACGCAACCAAGAUUCCCGGGGAAUAUUUCCAUUUGCAUGGCUCUUUGGAGGCUACUAAAGCGCUGAACAUGAUCGGCUUGGAGGGGCACCGACCAGACCUCACUGAUUACCACGAAUGUAUCAAAGUCAUUGAAGAUCAUGUCAAGAAGUAUACGGUGGACGAACUGGAAGAGAUGAACUGGAGGAUUAAGCAGGCGGGCGUGACCUGCUUGAGGUGGGAAGACUUCCAGAUUACUGAACACGGGCAGGCUCUGUUGCACGAACCACCGUGGAGGGUCGAUUUACUGGAGUCCGACUCGCCUCCUGCUCCGUUUGCGUUCGCCAAAUCGGCUGCGCCAAAGUCCCAAAUUCUGGCAGGAAUUCGCGUCAUCGAACUGUGCCGGAUAAUUGCAGGCCCCGCAAUGGGACGUGGGUUGGCUGAAUACGGAGCCGAUGUCAUCAAAAUCACGUCGCCCAAUUUAUCUGACGUGCCCUUUUUUCAAGUGGACGGCAAUCUCGGCAAACAUGCCGCCGAGUUGAACUUGCGCGAACCGACGGAUCGCAAGGUUUUCGAAGAUCUGCUUCAAUCUGCCGAUGUGAUACUUGACGGGUACCGGCCAGGCAGUCUGAAGCGUCUCGGAUACGGCCCCAACCAGAUCCUGCAGCUUGUAAAGGAUCGCAAACGUGGCAUCGUGUACGUGGCUGAAAAUUGCUUCGGUCAUGUCGGGCCCUGGUCAUCGCGACCAGGAUGGCAACAGAUUGCGGAUUGCGUAUCAGGCGUUGCGUGGGCGCAAGGUCUCGGGAUGGGCCUCGAUGAACCUGUUGUGCCACCAUUCCCCAUGAGCGAUUACGGCACUGGCUGCAUGGGCACGAUCGCAGUCCUGACCGGUCUAUACAAGCGAGCAAAACAUGGCGGGAGCUAUCUUGGCACAACAUCACUGUGCCAGUACGACAUUUUCCUUCUUCAAUUGGGACUUUACGACGAUAUCAUAAUGGCUCAGCUAAGGGAACAGCAUGAUGACGACUUCUUCCAGCUACGCCAUAACGACUCAGUUGACGAGGUUGGCAAGCGUGCUUUGAAAACGAUGAGAAGAACGCAUCCCGAGCUUUUUGACGAGAAGCACAUGCAAGAAUGUUUCAGUCGGGGCUUCGAUGCCAACCUCCGUACAAUAAGGCCUGUGGUUGAGAUCGAAGGCACGUGGAACGGCUUCCUGCGCAGCUCUCGCCCGAAUGGCUUCGACAAGCCGACGUGGCACGAUUGGGAGGUGGAUAACGACAUGCUGAAGAGUUGAUGACUUUAUCAGUGAUCACGAAUCUCCUUUGUCCGGAUUGCAUUGCUGGCGUUUUCAAGGAUUCAUAGCAUGCUCCGGAUCAUGAAUCUCCGGAUCACGACUUCACCUAUUUCCAUUUGCUUCCACCGAGUGCUCGAUCUUUGCGAGCGUGUUCUUCCCCACCUUUCCCCACCGUCCUUCGUGGAAAUACUAGUGUUAGUGCGCUUUUCGAUGUCUUGUCGUACGGUAUGUAUACAACACGCCACGGGCUAAUGACUCGCUUGCCACGUCUGGAGCCUCUGUGAUCGUACUAUUGUAUUCUCUAGUGUCUGCGGUUGCAAAUACCCAUACUGCAGCUGGUUUUCGUUACGAUCAAGGCAAACGUGAAGGCAAACAUGAAUCGAGCAGC